CCCUCCCUCUCUCCCUCUCUCUCCCUCUUUAUGUCUUAACGCCUAUCGAUCCUUCCUGAUAGCAACAGCUGGCAGUGACCGACCGACCAUGUCUCGUCGAAAGCAGAGGAACCCCAGGCAGAUCAAACGACCACUGGAAGAUACAGUUGAUGAUGAAGAGGAGGAAUGUCUGUCCGAAGAGAAUGACAUAAUCAGCAGAGAUGGCUAUACGCUGGAAGAAAAUUUCUCUGCAGAGUAUGGCUCUGAACAUCUCAGCUGUGAGGAAGCAGAGUAUUACUGCAAAAAAGGUAAUGAAGAUGGCAUUCAGGAAACAGCAGAUACAGUCGGUGAAAAGCCAGGCCAAAGUAAUGUGGAACUGGAGGACUGGGAUGGACCAGGUGAGCUGGAGGUUUUCCAGAAAAGCAGAGAGAGAAGAGUUCGCAGUCGGCAACAACUUCCUGGUGGAACGACCUGGGGGCCCUUUAACGGAAGGAUAGGAGUGACUGACAGCAGCUCUUUGAAGACAAAAGCUCCUGUUCCUGUAGUGGUCCAUGCUGGUCCCAAGUGGCUGAUGGAUGUGACUUGGCGAGGAACAGAGGACAACAACAACAACUGUGUUGUGUACAGCAAAGGGGGCCAGCUUUGGUGCACGACAACAAAAAUGCUAUCGGAGGGCGAGGAGCUGAUUGCAUUUGCUGUGGAAUUUGACUCAAGGCUGCAAGCUGUCAGCCAAAUGGCCAUCACCGAGGGCAUGUAUCCAGCUCGCCUCCUCGAUACGAUACAGCUGCUUCCUCAACAAGCAGCCAUGGCAUCUAUUUUACCUACAGCAAUUGUCAAUAAAGACAUCUUUCCAUGCAAAUCAUGUGGAAUUUGGUACCGCAGUGAACGGAACCUGCAAGCUCACCUAAUGUAUUAUUGCAGUGGGAGACAGAGGGAAGCAUCCUCGCUGACAGAGGAGAGAGAGGCCGGUCCUCUUCAGCAAUCAUAUGUCUGUCCUUACCCACAAUGCAGCAAGAGCUUCCCCAAUGCCAGGGCUCUUGAAAUUCACAUGAAUACGCACAGUGGUUUGAAAGUCGAAGAGUCCUUUCCUGCUGGUGCCAACUUGAAAUGUACCAUCUGUGAAUUCAUAGCGGAAAACGUCCUUAGCUUCCAACACCACGUCCUCACGCACCUCACGCCCGCUGCCUUCAAAUGCAGUCAUUGCCACUUUGGUUUCCAGAGUCACAGGGAGCUGCUGCACCACAAAGAACUGCACCACAGCCAAAGCAGGAGACUCCGGAGGAAGAGCGAAACUGAACACUCGCCCCACGAUAAUGAUGAAGCUUUUCAGCCAAUAGGAACAGAUGCAGCGAACAGACAGGAAGUGAUGCCAAGUCCUGGACAGAGCAAGGAGGGCAACUCUGACACAGAGGGAGAAAAGGUGGAGAAAAGCACACAGUUGGGUUUGACAAACCAGAAGAGUGAAACCCAGUCUGCAGCAAACAGACAGAGCUUUCCAUUUGCCAGAAUCAAAUCCGAACCGUCCAGCCCAAGGCUUGCUUCAUCUCCAAUUCAACCCAACAUAGGAUCAACUCUUCCAAUGAGUCCUUUCCUUUCUCAGUUUGCCCUCUCCCAGGAUAUUGCCAUGGUUCCUCAGGCUUCAGAAAUCCUAGCUAAAAUGUCAGAACUGGUACACCGCAGGCUAAGACAAGGAGGAGGCAACUAUCCACCAGUUAUUUACAGCCCCCUGGUACCUAAGGGGGCCACUUGCUUUGAGUGCAAUAUCACUUUCAAUAACUUGGACAACUAUUUGGUCCACAAAAAGCACUACUGUAGCACUCGAUGGCAACAUGUGACAAAGUCACAAGACUUCAGCAAUACCACUGAGAAGGUACCAGAGACAGUAAGCCCCAAUAGUGGGCACAGCCCAAUCAGCAUUCAUAGUGCCCUUUGUCAUCUCCCAGAGCCAGAAAACCCACUUCUCCAAUCAACCAGCAUCAACUCCUCUGUAGUUAUAGAUACUGUGGGUUCCAAUGGAAAAUCUCCAGACAAUGAAAAUCCAGUACAAUUGAAGAAAGAGUCACCUUCUGUUAGUGGUGAUGAGCGGCUCAAUGGAAAGUCCAAGGAUAUGAACAGCCCCAGCACUCCCACACCAGAGAAUGCCAAUGAUCCAAACAAAACUACUUGUCAAGAAUGCAAUAUAACGUUUAGCAGGCACGAAACAUUCGCUGUGCAUAAGCAGUACUACUGUGCCACCCGUCACGAUCCCCCAAUGAAACGAAUGGCAGCAAACAAGGUUCCCGCCAUGCAGAGGACAAUCCGUAGUCGCAAGCGGCGGAAGAUGUACGAGAUGUCAUUGCCAGAGCAGGAGCAGAGGACACAGAUGGUCCAGCAGGCUUUCCUUAAUGUAUCCGUCAUGGGCAGCCCUGGAACGCCUUCCACAGAAUCAAUGGAGAAUCUGGGAGAAGCCUCCCACCAGAGGUGUGAUGUGUUCCUUGCAAAACACAUGGAACCCUCUCUCCCAGGGACGAGGAACAUGCCUGUUGUCAAAUGCAACACAGCACAACCUGCAGUGGCCAGUUUGGAGCUGGACCUUCCAAUGGAUUUGAGCAAAAAGUGUUCGUCUCAAUCGGACAGAGUGAUGUCUUCUCCUAAAAGGCUGCUAGACUACCAUGAAUGUACUGUGUGCAAGAUUGGUUUCAACAAGGUCGAAAAUUACCUUGCUCACAAGCAAAACUUUUGCCCAGGCAUGGGAGUCCAGCGUGGGGAGGUGGAGAGAACAAAGUUUCUAGAGCAGCAACAGGAAAGCGGUUCAGUAAAAAGGGAAGCCACCAGUCCUGAAGGAAACAAUGACAGAAAUAUGAUGAAGUGUGAGAAAAAUGGAAAUUCCAAACUCGUCUCCCCAAAUGGAAGUAUAUUUCCAUCUCAGCUAGCGGCCCUGCACGGGCUGAAAGCUUUUAACGAGGCAGCUCAGUUCCUUUCCGCUAAAGAAGAAAACAAAAGUGUAAUAUACCCUCAUUGCCUUUAUCCAGGAGCAAUAAAAAAACUGAGCGGGGUUGAGCAGAUAUCUCCAUAUUAUGGAAUUAAACCCAGUGACUACAUCUCGGGAGCUGUUUUCAUCCGCAGUGAAAUUGAUGAGCUGGUGCAAGGUACACGUGGUAGAAUUGAUCCUCCAAGAGACCAGCCAGUAUCUAACGGCUGCUCACCGCAAAAGAAGGAGGCUGCCCCAUCGUUACCGAAGGGUAGGAGCAUGAUAGCAGUCAACGGAGGAAUAAAGCAGGAAGACAAGCCUUUCUCGGGCAACCAGCAUCAAGAUAACCCAUCCCAGAGCGUCCAGCAAGAAGAUGGCCAUGAAUCUCCUCCUUGGACAUCUGAAAGUCCUGUCACUGCAAAUGAAAACAUCUCUCCCACGGCUAGAGCUUCAUUAGAGGAGCAGUUAGUCCAGGCAGCAAAAACCGUCGGCGGUGCUGUCCAGCCUACAACCAGUGGGAAAUACUGCCGACUCUGUGAUAUUCAGUUCAAUAACUUGUCUAACUUUAUAACCCACAAGAAGUUCUACUGCUCAUCACAUGCUGCAGAGCAUGUGAAAUGAAAGUUACUGUCAUGCAUGACACCUGCCUCUAGUACACUCGUGGCCAUGCAUAGUUUGUACAUAAAAAGGAAAAAAAAUGCUGCUUGAGUUACAUCAGGACAAUCAAGGGAAUGGUGUGUAGUUCAAUGGGGUGGAGGCUAGUCUGUCAUUUCAUUAAUGCUCUUCAUAUGUCUUAGUAUAAAUGUGAAAUAUCAGUGCCAUUUUUCACCGGAUUUAAUUUAUUUUCCAAGCAGUAUUCAUAGCUGUGGUUAAAUUUUGAUUUUUAUUUAAAGAAGUUUAUAAUUAAAUCAUUUUUAACAUUAUUGUAUAGUUAAUCUUGUGUAACAAUUACGGUUUGCACUGUAAAGUAGAAGAGAGAGGUCCGCAUCACAUACAGAGUAGAGACAGCAUUUGUAGAUGAACCGGUUAAGAUAAAGCACUUGUGUAUUCAAAUUUCCCUGUGUUUGUUGCAACUUCCCUGUACAUGCCAGAAUAUAAGUUGCAUUCAUUUUAAGACUGCAAAGUUAGAAGGUAUUGUAGGCCUUAAAAAAAAUUACUGAAGUUCGUACAAAUUCCAUUUCAUAUUUAAUACAACAUUUUCAGUCCAAAAUUGCAGCUUAUAUAUCAGCAUAUACAGUAAUCAUUAGGCUUUGCAUAAGAUGAUAUAUAUGUAGCAGUUUGUUCCUAUCCACUUUCUUAAACUGAGCUAUGUAUGUUUUAUUGAAGUUGUUAACUUUCUUGUAUAGUAAUCUGUACUGUACUUUUCCUUGCCGACGCUUUUGUCUCACUUUUGAAACAUUUGCUGUAAAAUGCAAUAUUUAAUAUGAACAACAUUACUGGAAGCAGUAUUGAAAUAAGGUUGAACCCUUUCUGCCGUGUUUUAUUGAAGAUAAUGAUCAGUAGUUGUGGAUUGCUGUUGUGAAAACAUAAAAAGGCAAAAAAAUCAUUUUGGAGGUGAUGAAAUGUAAGUAAUGGAGCACUAAUACUGCAACUGGUGAUAAUAUGAAUAUUGUUCUACUUCUGAUAGAAAUUAUUUCUCAACAAUGUUGUUACUAUGCAUGUAUAUGGAUGGAAUAAAAAUUCCAUAAAUCAAGAGGAUUUUAUAGGGCUUGUAUCAUUGUUGUGCGCAGAGUGACAUUUCUAAUCAUUGCAUAUAACAAUCAUACGGUUGUUUGUUGGGGGUUGUUAUUCAGGAGUGUGAUGAUUAGUUUUAAUUCUUAUAGGAUUUACACGGGUUGGGAUUUAACACUGCUUCCAACACAAGUGAAUUUCCUUUUAAAUGUGUAUAAUUUAUGCUGCCUGCAAAAGUUCCUAGUAAUCACCUACAAAAUUAUUUCUCAAUAAAAUCUUUGUAA